AUGUCCCGUCCUCAAGUGUCCGUUAUCUCUACCAAGGGUGAGCAAACCUCCACCCAAGUGGCUUUGCCAUCUGUCUUCUCUGCUCCAGUCAGACCAGACAUUGUCCACUCUGUUUUCGUCAAGGUGAACAAGAACAAGAGACAAGCUUACGCUGUCUCUGAGAAGGCUGGUCACCAAACCUCUGCUGAAUCGUGGGGUACUGGUAGAGCUGUUGCCAGAAUUCCAAGAGUUGGUGGUGGUGGUACCCACCGUUCCGGUCAAGCUGCUUUCGGUAACAUGUGUAGAGGUGGACGUAUGUUCGCUCCUACCAAGACCUGGAGAAAGUGGAACAUCAAGGUUAACCACAACGAAAAGCGUUACGCUACUGCUUCUGCCAUUGCUGCUUCUGCUGUUACCUCUUUGGUUUUGGCUAGAGGUCACAGAGUCGAGCAAGUCAAGGAAUUGCCAUUGGUUGUCGCUGACGAAUUUGAGUCCGUCACCAAGACCAAGGAAGCCGUUGCUGUGUUGAAGGCUGUUGGUGCCCACAAGGAUGUUGUCAAGGUUCUCAAGUCCAAGAAGUUGAGAGCUGGUAAGGGUAAGUUGAGAGGUAGAAGAUUCACCCAAAGAAGAGGUCCAUUGGUGGUUUACGCCAAGGACAACGGUCUUACCAAGGCUUUGAGAAACAUUCCAGGUGUCGAGACUUCCGAUGUCAAGCACUUGGGUUUGUUGCAAUUGGCCCCUGGUGCUCACUUGGGUAGAUUCGUUAUCUGGACCCAAAGUGCCAUCGAAUCUUUGGACUCUAUCUACGGCUCUGAAUCUACCAAGAGCAUUAAGUCCAACUACUCGUUGCCAAACAACAUCAUCACCAACACUGAUGUCACCAGAUUGAUCAACUCUUCUGAAAUCCAAUCUGUUGUUAGACCUGCUGGUCAACCUUCUCAAAAGAAGACUCACGUCUUGAAGAAGAACCCAUUGAAGAACAAGCAAGUGUUGUUGAGAUUGAACCCUUACGCCAAGGCUUUCUCCACCAACAAGUUGGGAUCGGCCAAGGUUGACCAAAAGAAGGUUAAGCCUUCCAAGGGUCAAUUCGACUCCGUGUUGAAGAACUAG